UAUCGGGACCUCAUGUGUUACAUUUUAAUAGGUCCCACACAGUCUUGUUCGAGAACGCACGCACAGUGGCACAAGUAGUUGUUAUUUUCGAUCACCUUAUUGCAUUUCCAGGUGUCUGGUGUGACUGCAGUGGAGAGAUAUGCAAAAACAAAUGUCUGGGGGGAAUGGUAACAUGUUUAUAGUUACGAUACUAGUGCUAUAUCGGACAUACUUGCUAACGUUAGAUAAAUAUGUAUGGCUAACUUCUUACUAUUUCGUACGGGAACUGGACUCGUUUCAGAACGUCUAAAAUAUGUUUUGCGUGUCCGUUUUUUUGUUGUUAUUGCAGAUGUGCAACAUUUCAUGUCCUUCUUUUAUUAAAUACAGUAUUCCUCUCCACUCUCUGCGCCUUAUAGUCCCACCACUGCGGCUGGUCUCAGCUGCCAUCUGGCAGACGGUCCAGCAGAGACACGUGAUGGAUUAUGGGAUGCUGGAUGAGUUUGUUACCAUGGUCACAGAGAUGGUUCCAGAGCUUCUGAACCUCAGACAGAGGGCCCAACUUAUUCUGGGUCUUCGAGCACGGCUGGUCCUGGAGUUGUGUCGCUCCAAGCCGAUCACAGACCUCCAGACCAUUCAGCCACACCUGGACAGGAUACAGACCCUCACACCUCUCUGGGGGACACAGGCGACUGAUGCAGAGGUAGGAUUAUCUGAAUCCAACUUCCUGGGGCUGGUUCAAACCCUUCUAAAAGACCCUGAUGAGAGAGAACAUUUCUUCCAGGAUGUUUUUCCUGUAGAAUUUGGUCCCAGUUAUGAUGCAGCCAUACAGAAACUCAUGUGGCAAUUUCUUUCGAGACUUGAGAAGCUACUUCCUGUAUCAAACUUCCAACAGGCUGCCUUGUUGCUCAGCGAUGUUCCCUCUGUUCUGGAGGAAUGUGUUCAGUCUGUGUCUCACCCUCAGCAGAUGAAUAUCCUGCUUCAGUACCACAGAGACCUUGGCCCGCUGGACAACCAUGACCAUCCAUCUUCCACCGAUGGGGACUGCAUUCUCUCAGCUCUCUGUCUUCCUCCCGUGGAACGGGUGGUGAUUGCAACAGAGGUGGAGAAAGAAGGAAAAAGUAUGGAUGUGAAAGAAAGAGAAGAGGGGAUGGAUAGCAGGUCCGCGGAAUGUGAGAAAAACAAAAGAUCCUCUGUUAGUGAUGAGGAUGAUGCAGAGUUUGUGGACCCCGAGACAGGCAAGGUGGAACCAAAGUACGAAACGGUGAUGGUUAUCGGGGAAGACGGGAUGGUGCAGCCUUUUGAAGAUUUAAGUGUCGGGAAAAAGAGAUCUUUCAAAAAGCCUAAAAUAAAGACAGACAAAGCCAGUGGAAGUCAUGGAGAACAAAUGCUUAGCAUAAUCAACAGCAAGUCUAAUGUGAUCAUAUCCUCUGUGCUUUACCAACCCUCAGUGGAUCUACAAAGGGUUGACACUACCAACCUAAUAUUAUUACCUUUUAUACCAGUAAGAAGAAACAGAGGGCUGAAGAUGAAGACAUUUCUUACACAAGAACAGAAACAAACCGACACAGAAUUUUCUGAAAAAUAUACAUUCAAGCAGUGCCAGAUUUGUGAGAAGACUUUCAGUCGAAGUGCAGACAUGAAGCGGCACCAGCAAAUCCACACAGGGGAGCCUAUCCAGAACCCAAAACAGAAAGAGUCAAAAGUGUGCUGCAUUUGCGGAAGGAUGUUCGCAGACAUAGAAAAGCUAGACAGGCAUAAGCUGGUGCACAACCCUUUGAAAUGCAUCAUGUGUGAAAACAGCUUCAAUGGUGUCAAGCCACUCAAGAAACACUAUCUGGAUGUCCAUAAAUUCAGCGGGCCAUUCCUCUGCACCUACUGUGAGAAAAGCUACACUGAGUUAUCAGAUCUUGUCAGACACGAGAGGACUCACACUCUCCCUUACCAGUGUUCCCACUGUCCAAAGAAAUUUAAAUCGUCAACGACCCUUGCCGAACAUGAAAGAAUACACACAGGGGAGAAAUGCCUUUGCUGGGAGUGUGGAAAAGGCUUUAUCAACAUAACAACGCUGAGAAACCACAUGCUAAAUGUUCACAGCAAACCUGAAGAUAAACACUCCUGCUCCCAGUGUGACAAAUCUUACGGGGAGAAGAGGGCAUUGGUAAGUCAUGUGAAAAUCUGUCAUGCUGGGGUGCGUUAUCCAUGCACAUACUGCGGUAAGCUGUUUCUUAGUAUGUCCUCAUUGACAAGGCAUGACCUGAUUCACACUCAGGAGAGGCCUUUUAAAUGCACAGAGUCUGAGUGCGGGAAAGGUUUCAGAUCUCCAAAGGAACUGAGGGUACACAUGAGAUAUCAUACUGGAGAGCGGCCAUAUAAGUGCAAAAUAUGUGGGAAGGGUUUUACGCAAAAUUGUUAUAUCACUCGACACAUGCGAACUCAUACGGGGGAGAAGCCGUAUCCGUGUUCUGUCUGUGGGAGAAACUUUUCUGACUUAAGGGUACGGAAAAGACACAUGAUGACUCACACCGGAGAGAAGCCCUACAAAUGUUUAAAAUGCGAGAAAGCUUUCAGUCGGACAGAACUUUUGAAAGCACAUGAGAAGAAAGAACACUGAGCAAAUUCAAAUCAAGGGAUUAUUUUUUUUGUGUAUAGAUGUUCUAGUCUCUGAAGACAGAUGGGUUACCUCCCAGAAUGUUCUAUUGUCAUGUGCUCCCAAGGUCUCGGAUUUUCAAGACUAUAUAGAUGUUAGUAAUGAAAAAUGUUGUCCCUGUGUUCUGAACUUAUAACACAGUAUCCCUGCAAUGCUUUUAGGGGCGAGAGUUGGAAAUAAUGCAAGCUAUAAACACUGAUGUAACACAUCGAAUGGUAGUUUAGUCAUUGUGUUUGUCGAAUGAAUAUAUAUAUAUAUAUAACUUUUAAAAUCACACCCAAUAAUGUUUAUUUUGAAGUUGGUCCAUACGAGACCCCUGGGCCAUGUUCUCAUGCAUGAGUUUGAUGUUUCAAGUGUAAAUAAAAAGCCUUGAAUUAGUAUGAUUUAAAUAUUUUUUAAUAAUCAUGCUUAUAGUAGCUAGCUCAUUUGUAUAUGUAUUGUAUGUAUAAUGUGACUAGUGUCUCUGAUAGGCUUAUUCAGAUGUUGGCUGGAAUAGACUCAAUAAAAUAAUUGUGUGCUCUAGUUUCCCUACAAUAAAGUAACACAAUGUGCAGCUCCUGACCAAA